AUGGCAAUGGAAUAUAUCAAUUACAUCAAGGCCAAGGCCCACCUUGUAACCUCGCACAAAUCUGAGGCGCCAGUCUUGUCCGAGGAAGAUGAGGAGUUCCUGGAUCGCAUCACAUCUCAAGAAAAUCCUCCUCCGCUUCCAGCCCGGCCGGGGGUGCUGACACAAGGCAAGGAUGCCCAGAUCGCCCUUAUGGACGGCGCCCAGAACAUCCCUCUCCCUCCUGAGACUCCAAAUGAACUCAGCGAAGAGCCUGCUAUGAUCCAGCAAGACGAAAAUGGCGCAACACAAGGGGCGCCGUCUAAACCAAAGACCACCUGGAGCUGGCUCAGGCGGGACAGCCGAGACGUCAAGCGCCAAAGGAACGAGGCCACCGCUGCUGGUUUAGAAGACAUCGCUGCUAGUCUUAAGAAGCGCGAAUUUGAAGACAGCGAGGAAGAGAAGGAGGCCAGGCAGGAAGAAGAGGACAUGACCAUCGUGCUGGAGCGGCUCAACCUGGCGGCCGUCAACAAUCGCGUCUUCUCCAUCAGCGACGAAACGCAAGAACUGCUACAGAAAUUCAACCUGAUCUUCAAAGAUCUCGUCAACGGCGUGCCCACGGCGUACGAAGACCUGGAGAGUUUAUUGACCAACGGUGACCGGCAGCUGCAGAAGACUUUCAAUUCGCUCCCGGCAUUUUUGCAGAAGCUCAUUGAGAAACUCCCAGAGACUAUGACCAAGGGGUUUGCGCCUGAGAUGAUGGCGGCGGCUGCCGAAAGGGCGCAGAAGAGCGGGGUCAACAUGGAAAACGCAGGCAAGGCAGCUGCUGCGGCGAAGAAGAUGGGAUUCAAGACACCUUCGUUGAAAGAAUUGGUGGGCAAGCCAACAGCCAUCACGGCGGCGCUUAGGUCGAUCAUGAACUAUCUCCGGGCGCGGUUCCCGGCAUUCAUGGGCAUGAAUGUGCUAUGGUCGCUGGCAUUGUUCGUGCUACUCUUUGUCUUCUGGUAUUGCCAUAAACGUGGUCGAGAGGUCAGGUUGGAGAAAGAACGGCAGCUCACCGAAGAGGAAGUGCAAAAGUUGGACGUCGACUACAAGGCAGAGCAUCCGGAUGAAUAUCCCACCACGACAGCCGAGAAAGGGGCAUCAAUCCAAGAAGUGCAAGCUGGCAUGGAGGAGGUUCAGGCCGCAAAGGAAGCGGUGGAGGUGCCAGAGCAGCCAGUGGAAGUGGAACCCAGGGCAGUUUCUCCGUCGACAGCAACGGCAGCCUCAGCGCCGUGA